AUGACAAGCUGCACAUUCCUCGACCGGCUGCCCCGCGAGCUACGCGAUCUCAUCUACGAAGAAGUUCUCGCCGACGAAGAAGAAGUCAUCGUCGACACAGACCUGCACCAAGGCGUCUACAUCCCAGGUCUCCUCCACACCUGCAAACAAACCCGCAACGAAGCCAGCAAAUCCUUCUACUCCAAAUCCCACUUCCGCAUCAUCACCCCUCAAACUUCCAUGCUCUUGCCCGUCAAAUGGCUCCAUUCCAUGCUCACUCGCCACCGCAAGCAACUACGCCAAGUCACAAUCCAUUUCCGCACCAACCGAUCACCCUCCUCCUCCUCUGCCUUCUCCUCGCCCCCCUCUCCCUCCUGUCACCAACGACCCUCUCACCGCCCCAUCCAAAACAUUUUCGACCACCAAGUCUUAAACGCCUUACGUAUGGAAUCCCGCUACCUCGGAGACAAACGACGAGUGGAAACUUCUACGUUACUCGAACAUUUAGCUGCGAUGACAUAUUUGCGUCGUAGGACUAUUUCUUUUGAAGUCGAUGGUCCGUCGUCAUCAUCAUCAUCAUCUUCUUCUUCUUCUUCUGAGGCUGAGUCUGGUUUUGCGCAUUAUUCGACGCAUACGUGGGUGCACGAGUUACUCACGAGAUUGUUGGAGCGGCCGAGAGUGUUUGCGUGGGGGACUCUGUUGGAGAGUUAUCCUUGUUGUGUGUUUUUGAGGGAUCGACAGGAUCGAGUGGCUUUGUUGGAGCAUUUGUGA